AUGAAAGUCCAAGACAAAUCUUCCACAGAUGCAAAAGCGACAAACAGUGAUCUUGAGAAGCAGGAGCAGGACCCCCCGUGCCCGCCAUGCGCCGAGACAGCGCAGGCCAGGCUCUCAGCCUUCAGCGCCCUCGGCUUCAUCAACCGCUUCCUGGCCUUGUGGAUCUUUCUGGCCAUGCUUGUCGGCAUCCUCCUUGGUAACUUUGUCGACGAUGUCGAGCCAGCGUUGCAAAAGGGGAAAUUCGUUAACGUGUCGGUGCCUAUCGCAAUCGGCUUGCUUGUCAUGAUGUAUCCAAUCCUCUGCAAGGUUCAGUACGAGAAGCUGCACGUGGUGUUCAAGUCAAGGGAGAUUUGGGUUCAGAUGGGGUUCAGCAUCAUCAUUAACUGGAUUGUUGCGCCCCUGGUCAUGGCAUGGGCUGACUGCUCACAGCUCGGCCUUGCGUGGGCAUUCCUCCCCGACAAGCAGGGCCUCCGCGAAGGUCUCAUCCUAGUCGGCAUCGCCCGGUGCAUCGCCAUGGUCUUGAUCUGGAACAACCUUGCCGGCGGCAACGGCGAUUACUGCGCCAUCCUCGUCGCCAUUAACUCGCUCUUGCAGAUCGUCCUGUUCGCGCCCAUCUCCCUCCUCUUCAUCCGCGUCUUCAACCCGCACAGCCACUCGGCCAUCGACAUCUCGUACUCGACCGUCGCCACCUCGGUCGGCGUGUUCCUCGGCAUCCCCCUCGGCGCAGCCAUCCUCACCCGCCUCGUGCUGCUCCGCCUCCUCGGCCCGGAUCGCUACAAGUCUUACUUCCUCCGGUUCGCGGCGCCCUGGUCCCUCAUCGGCCUGCUCUUCACCAUCCUCGUCUUGUUUGCGUCUCAGGGCAAGCAGGUUGUGGACCAGAUCGUGUCAGUCGUGCGUGUCGCCGCCCCACUGAUCGUCUACUUUGCCCUCAUCUUCUUUUUGACGCUGCUCGUGGCGCGGCGGAUGGGAUUCCGGUACGGGUAUGCCGUCACCCAGAGCUUCACGGCCGCCAGCAACAACUUUGAGCUGGCGAUUGCCGUGGCCGUUGCUGCGUACGGGCCGCAGUCGGAUCAGGCGCUCGCGGCGACGGUUGGGCCGCUGAUUGAGGUGCCAGUGUUGCUGGGGUUGGUGUAUGGUGUGAAGUGGUUUGCGAAGAGGAGGAAUUGGAAGGAAUGA